AUGAUGGACCUUUUCGAAUCCGGCUCCUACUUCUUCUACCUGGACGGCGAGAAUGGAGCCCUGCAGAGCUUGGACAUGGCCGAGGGGUCGCCGCUCUACCCGGGCAGCGACAGCACCCUGUCGCCCUCGUCGUGCCAGGACCAGCUCGCUCCGGAGCCCUGCGGCGGCGGCAGCGGCGGCGGCGGCGAGAGCAGCGGCGAGGAGCAGCACGUGUUGGCGCCGCCGGGCUUCCAGCCCCUGCACUGCCCGGGCCAGUGCCUGAUCUGGGCCUGCAAGACGUGCAAGAAGAAAGCGGCGCCCACUGACCGGCGCAAGGCGGCCACGCUGCGCGAGAGGAGGCGCCUCAAGAAGAUCAACGAGGCCUUCGAGGCGCUCAAGAGGCGGACGGUGGCCAACCCCAACCAGCGGCUGCCCAAGGUGGAGAUCCUGCGCAGCGCCAUCAGCUACAUCGAGAGGCUGCAGGAGCUGCUCCAGCGCCUCGACCAGCAGGACAAAGGCCAGGAGCUGCUCCUGCCCGUUGGCGAGGGCAGCGCCGGGGACAACAGCGCUUUCGGCUUCGGCGGCGCCAAGCGCGGGAACAUGGCCACCCCCGACUACUUGAGCACCUGCAGCUCCGCCUGGCCGAGCGGCUCAGACCAUUCCCGGACGCUGCCGAUCAGCGCCAAGGAAGGAGGGACGCCCGUGGAUUCUUCCGCCUCGAGCAGCCUGCGCUGCCUUUCCUCUAUCGUGAACAGUAUCUCUUCCGAAGAUCGCAAAGUACCCAACGGGGAAGAAGUGGUGGAAAAGUAGCGACCCCGGUAGUACGUUUGAAAACGGGCAGUGGAAGUGAACUGCUUUAGUUCGCACUUUGAAGCGAAACUUCGAAUUAAUUUAAUCUUCUGGAAAUUCUAGAGGGGAUUAAGGAGGAGGGCAGCGCAGCUGAAUAAAUAAAUGUGCACCUUCUUCAGAGGAAGCUUUGCCCCAUCCGAUAAAGAGAACCGCCCCUCUGAUUUAAAUUCUAUUUUUUAUUUAUCUCUCAACUGUUUUAUAAUUAAUAUAUUACUUUGUGUUUGGAGAACAUCGUUGAAAUGCUCGUAUUCUGUUUGUAGGACGCUUAUGAUCCCGAGAUCUUGGUUUGUGCGUAUGUGGGUGUGAGUGUGUACAUGUGUGUGUGUGUGUGUAUAAAAUUACAAAUAUAUAAUUUUAGUACUUCCCCCCUUUUUUAAUAGAAUAUCUAUUUAAAAUGUGGGAUGUGAUCUUGUAUAUAAGAAAAUGUAGGUGACAUUCCCGAGACUGUAAAAUAAA